AUGUCAACAACAACUACUACUACUACAACCAUCUAUUCUCACCAAGAGCUAUUAGCUCUUUUGGAGAGUGCUGGCUCCGUGGCACCUGCUUUUAAGGUCGACAUUGAGCAGCUCAACAAGGAAAUGAAGAGCUCAAAGCACCGCAAAAACCGCAAGAAAUCUCACAGUGCGUCCGAGUCCCGCCGUUAUAGCUCUUACAAGAGAGACCGUGCAGCACUAAACCACACUAUUUCAGAACUCGGUUCUGAUCAUGAUGAGGCUGCUGUAGAGUCUAAUGACGAAUCUGGCGAUAGCAGCUCUGAAAUCGAUGCUAAGGAGCUUUCUUCAAGAUACUAUUUGCAACGAUCCUCUGCUCCCCGCAGAAAUCAAAAAGAUAUCAACCCCAAGUUUGCAACGGCUGUUGCCAACUCUCUUGCGACUGCAGAUGGUAAGACUCACCACCCUUACCGCGCUCCCGGUCGCAGACAGUCCUCAUCACAGGACAGCAACGCUUUCCUUUCGGCGUCUCCCAAAGAAGAGGACGGCUGGAUUUCUGUUGGUCCCAAGAAUCAUGGCCACGGUCAUGGUGGUCACGGUGGUUAUGGCCACCGCAAGAGCUUCAACCAUGAAGAAGGAGCUGGUCAUCGUAAGCGAUUUUCGGAUUAUAACCGUGCAUCUCGUGGAUCCUUUUCUAAGCAGCAGCCAGUUGGAUCAGCUGCUACAUCAGCCCCUCGCAAAAAGUCCUUUGCCAAGUCUGAGGAUGAGGGCUCUAACGCUGCUACUGCUGCCAUUAGUGAUGCUGCCACCACAGAUGGUGAGGCUAAGCUUGAGACUUAUGACUUGUCUGCAUCUGAGGCCACUGCCCGUGAGUACGAAGCAUGGAAGGCCAAGCUCAACGAGGAAAAGAGCUCGGAAAGUUCUAUUGCUGUUUAA